AUGGCAUUGAUUCGUGAUCGAAAGUCUCAUCGCCCAGAGAUGAGCAAAUGCCAUAAUUAUGACCUCAAUCCAGCAAGGUGGGAUACUUCUCAAGGGCGACAGAAACAAAUAUCAACACCAACUGCCAGCCAACCUAGAGAAAAUGGUAUCAUAAGAGGAAGGUCCCCUAUAGAAGAACUCAAAGUAUCUCCGUUGUUUGUUGUUCGAGUCCUUGCUGUAGCCAUGGCAAUUCGCUUCACUGUUAUCACAUUGAUGUGGCUUACCGCUUUCUUAACUUUCUUAUGCAACAAGGAAGUUCCAGUUUCCUCAGUAGAGGGUUACUGUGGCCCAUGCCCGAACAACUGGAUAUGUCACAGAAACAACUGCUACCAAUUUUUUGAUGAGAACAAAACCUGGAACCAGAGCCAAGCUUCCUGUUUGUCUCAAAACUCCAGCCUUCUGAAGAUAUACAGUAAAGAAGAGCAGGAUUUCUUAAAGCUGGUUAAGUCUUAUCACUGGAUGGGACUAGUCCAGAUCCCAGCAAAUGGCUCCUGGCAGUGGGAAGAUGGCUCCUCUCUCUCACCCAACCUGUUAACACUGGUGGAAAUACCAAACGGAUCCUGUGCUGUCUAUGGCUCAAGCUUUAAGGCCUACACAGAAGAUUGUUCAAAUCCAAACACGUACAUCUGCAUGAAAAGGGCUGGGUGAAAAUUUCAUUGACCAUCUCAGCAACAGCCAGGACAAGAGAACUAGUUCAUAAGAAACUGGGACUAAUAAGAGACUGAACAUAGGACGAACAUAAAACAGCGGGUCUGUGCACUCCACAGAGUGAUUAGUUGGCCAUGUUGUGUCCCAUAAAACAAUGGAAGCCUGUGGGGCCAGGGAUCCAUGAGACAGGGGGUAGAGGGAGCAGGAGGACCAAGAGUAUGUUUGAGACCUAUCCAAACCCUAGAAACCUUGUCCUGCCCUACUGGAGGAGGUCAUGUUGCCAAGUAGCCUCUCCCCUUAUAAGGUCAAGUCCAUCAGCACCUGGAAUUCCCCCUAGAUAUCCGCUACUCAAUUCCCAAAGGUUUAAAUAGCCCUUUCCCUCAAUUAAAUGAGCUAUCUCAUUCAAGAUGCCUCCAGAAAGUCUAGAGUCUAUCCUCAUAGUGUGCACCACCGCCUGAGGUCUUUUCACUCCUGGUCAUGCUUGCCUCAGUUCCCAUCUCGGGAUCUGCUGUUCUGAUCACUGGCUGUU